AUGGCGCUUCUAACGCCAUACUGGGGACUAGAUGUCAUCGUACUGUUCGCAUCCCUUAUAGUGGCCGCAUAUAUGUAUGCGACCCGGAAUUUUAAAUACUGGGCAAAAAGAGGCAUCAUGGAAACUCCUCCGACGCCGUUCCUAGGAAAUUUCGGAGACUGCAUUCUAUUGAAGAAAUCAGCAACGAAUUUCGUGAAGGAUCUCUACGACCAAUCCAAGGGAUUACGUUACAUGGGAUUCUACAUUUUUGAUAAGCCAUUCUUACUGAUACGUGACCCCGAACUUAUCAAGCACGUCUUGGUGAAAGAUUUCAGCGUCUUUUGUGACCGAUAUGCUACGUCAGAUGUAAACGAUAGGAUUGGGUCUGCAACCAUUUUCUUGUUGAAAAAUCCCGCGUGGAGGACACUUAGAACGAAGAUUACACCAGUCUUCACCAGCGGAAGACUGAAAAAAAUGUUCCACUUGAUGACGCUGGUUGCAGACGAUCUGAACGAGUAUCUUGAUGGGCAAAAGCUAGAAAAUGGUAAAGUGAUAGAAGUGAGAGAUCUUUGCGCGAACUUUACCACAGACAUGGUUAGUAGCAUUGGCUUAGGUCUGCAGGUGAAUUCAUUAAAGGACAGUAACGUACCCUUCCGGCAUUUCGGCAGAAAAAUGUUUGAACGAAGUAUAAUGCGUGGCCUAGAAUUUCUUAGUAUAUUCUUCAUGCCGCAUUUAACUAAAUACACACGCGCGGAAUUCUUUGGGAAGGAAACCACUGCAUUCUUUCAGACCGUACUAUUGGAAGUGGUCAAUCAACGGAUACAGUCUGGAGAGAAAAGGGAGGAUUUUGUUGAUCUUAUGAUCGAGCUAAAACAAAACCACGAUAAGGAAGGCGACAUUGAUGGAUAUCAAUUUGGCAACGACGAGUUAGUGGCACAGGCAGCCGGCUUUUUCACUGGCGGUUUCGAAACUUCGUCCAACACCAUGUCUUUCUGUCUUUACGAGCUUGCGUUGAACAUGGACAUACAGAAGACACUGAGAAAAGAGAUCCUUCAAGCUCUUGACGAAACCAGUGGAAAACGUACUUACGAUAUGGUUACAAGUCUACCGUAUCUAGAUAUGGUUGUAUCUGAAACCCUACGCAUGUAUCCACCACUGGGAUUUCUGGACCGUGUCGCUGUAACCGACUACAAGAUCCCGAAUUCCGAUGUAAUAAUCGAGAAAGGUACACCGGUGUCCAUACCUAUGAUCGGACUUCACCUCGACCCGGAAUACUUCCCUGAUCCGGAAAAAUUUGAUCCCCUAAGAUUUACCGAAGAGAACAAGCAAAAGAGGCCAAGUUGCAUUUACUUCCCCUUCGGCGAGGGACCACACAAUUGCAUCGGACUUCGAAUGGGCCUCUUGCAAACCAAGCUUGGACUCGUCCAAAUGCUAAGCAAAUACGAGGUGACACCUUGCGAGAAGACACUAAUUCCGAUCGUACUGGAUCCAAAAGGAUUCAACGCGCAGCCGGUAGGAGGAUUACAUUUGAAUAUUCGGAAGAUCACUACAGAAACGUUUGAAGUAAACGUGUCUUCUUCGCAGGUUACAAGUCUACCAUAUCUAGAUAUGGUUGUAUCUGAAACCCUACGCAUAUAUCCACCACUGGGAUUUCUGGACCGUGUCGCUGUAAUCGACUAUAAGAUCCCGAAUUCGGAUGUAGUAAUCGAGAAAGGUACAUCGGUGUAUAUACCCAUGAUCGGACUGCACCACGAACCGGAAUACUUUCCUCAGCCGAAGAAAUUUGAUCCCCUAAGAUUUACCGAAGAGAACAAACAAAAGAGGCCAAGUUACACUUACUUCCCCUUCGGCGAGGGACCACACAAUUGCAUCGGAUUUCGACUAGGCCUCUUGCAAGUAAAGCUUGGGCUCGUCCAAAUGCUGAGCAAAUAUGAGGUGACACCUUGCGAGAAGACGCUAAUUCCGAUCAUUCUUGAUCCAAAAGGAUUCAAUUCGCUGCCGGUAGGGGAACUACAUUUGAACGUUCGGAAGAUCGCUACAGAAGCUGCUUAA